AUGGAAGAUGACGAUGAUGAGCCUCUUGAGUCCGAGGCCAAAGAUGACCCUGAAGCCUCACUGGCGCUUCAGAACAGCGACGACACCCUCUACUGCGAAGCCGAAGCCCCUCCGAGUGUUGAGAAGGAGAAACCCACCAGAGAGGAUUCAGAAACUGACCUGGAAAUUGAAGACAUAGAGAAAUUCUUCACCAUCGGACAGAAGGACCUGUACCUGGAAGCCUGCAAACUGAUGGGCGUAGUGCCUGCCUCCUACUUCAUUCGCAACAUGGAGGAGUCCUGCGUGAACCUAAACCACCAUGGCCUGGGCCCCAAGGGUACCAAGGCCAUUGCUAUAACUCUAGUGUCCAACACGACCAUCCUCAGACUGGAGCUGGAGGACAACAGCAUCAUGGAGGAGGGCGUCAGGAGUCUGACGGAGAUGCUGCAUGAAAACUACUACCUACAGGAGCUGAAUAUUUCUGACAAUGACCUUGGUCUGGAGGGAGCCAGGAUCAUCUCAGACUUCCUCCAGGAAAACAACUCUUCGCUUUGGAAACUGAAACUCUCAGGAAACAACUUAAAGGAUGAAUCUGCUGCCCUUUUAUGCCAAGCCCUGUCGUCCAAUUACCGGAUUAGGUCACUGAACCUCAGCAACAACCAGUUAUCUGACACUGGAGGGGAGUACCUAGGACAGAUGCUGGCCCUUAAUGUAGGGCUGCAGUCGCUGAACCUGAGCUGGAAUCACUUCCACAUUCGGGGAGCUGUUGCCCUGUGCAAUGGUCUCCGGACUAAUGUGACCCUGAAGAAGCUGGACAUCUCCAUGAAUGGCUUUGGGAAUGAGGGUGCUCUGGCCCUGGGGGAUGUCCUCAAACUCAACAGCUGUCUGAUCUACGUAGACGUCAGCAGGAACGGCAUCACCAAUGAGGGGGCCUCCAGAAUCAGCAAGGGACUGGAAUUGAAUGAGACCCUCCAAGUGCUGAAGCUUUUCCUGAAUCCUAUGAGUAUGGAAGGGGCAGUGUUUCUUAUCAUGUCCAUCAAGAGGAACCCCAAAUCCAGGAUGGAAGAGCUUGACAUUUCUAACAUUAUGGUAUCAGAGCAAUUUGUGAAAAUCCUGGAUGGGGUUUGUGCCGUUCACCCCCAGCUGGAUGUAAUAUACAAGGGACUGCAGGGUCUUUCCGGCUAUAAAAACAACUUCCUGUGGGCAAACCCCAUAAAGCUGAUCCAGAACUAUAUAGACCAACAGAAGAUGUCAUUUGGGGAGUUCUUCAAGAGCUUGAAUCCCUCAGGAUCAAUGACGAUGUCUGUGGGGGAUUUCCGGAAAGCCAUGAUACAGCAAAACAAGGUCCCCAUCAACCGGUACCAGGUCAGGGAGCUGAUAAAGAAGCUGGGUGAGAAGAAAGGGAUGGUGAACUUCAGCACUUCCUCCAAUAUCCAGAACAUCCGCCCUCGGAACCCAGCCGGAUCAGCCCCCGAGAGGCAGCAGCCCACACCUGCGUAG